UAGGCCCGUCUACCCCCACUGUCCCCACGCGAGUCUGUGGGUGGAAACAUCACAUCAGCACAAGUUUUAAUUUCCUUGCUGUAUUGACCCGGAGUGGGCCAGGCAGAGGCAAGCAGAGCACAGACGCUGGUCACCCACACUGCCACUAGCCUGGCGUGUCGCAGAGAGUGGGCGGAGUGAGGGAGCAGUGAUUGAGGCUGGCUUAGGACACCACCAGUCGUCGGCCUUGGGGGCUAUUUAUAAAAAAAAAACACUAUCAUGGCUUUUGUGAGGACCAGCAGGGUAUUCCUCAGGCCCCACGUGUUGUCGCUAGCGAGGAGUGUGCGGUCCUGUGGCAGCAGCGAGAGGAAGGCUGGAGUCAUAGUAGGGGUUUACAAUGAUGGGACAGAAAACACCUUCACUGAUGCUGCCGACCACAUCAACGAACAGUCUUCCGGCAACCUCGUCCGUCUGAUGCAGUAUGGUGGUUCCCUGAAGGCUGGCAAGAGUCGAGUACUGUAUGGUGUGUCUGAUGAAUUUCCCGUGGUGUCAGUGGUGGGCCUUGGAGAGCAGAAUCAGAACUAUGAUCCCAUAGAGGAAAGGGACGAAAGUAAAGAAGCUAUUCGAACUGCUGUGGCAGCUGGUUAUCGUUCCUUGGGUGAUUUGGGACUGAAGAGCAUCCAGGUUGACCCGUGUGGGGAUGGGGAAGCAGCAGCUGAAGGAGCUCUCUUGGCAGCUUUCAAGUAUCAGGAUCUCAAAAGCAAGAAAAAAGAGUCUCCAGCAGUUACUUGUUUAAGCCAAAAUGACCAAGGGUGGACUCGUGGGGCAACGUUUGCCGAGGGACAGAACAUUGCUCGGCGACUCAUGGAAACUCCUGCCAAUAUUCUCACCCCGACUAACUUUGCACAAGAAGCAGUGAACUGCUUGGAAGGUCUUGGAGUGGAAGUGAUGCCCAGGACUUAUGAAUGGGCUAAGGAGAGAAACAUGAAUUCUUUCCUGUCUGUGACUCGAGGUUCAGGAGAGCCUCCUGUCUUCUUGGAGCUGUCAUAUCGAGGGAAGCGGUUCACUGACGAAAAGCCUUUGGCAAUUGUUGGAAAGGGAGUAACAUUUGACACGGGUGGCAUCUCAUUGAAGCCGUCAGCAAAUAUGGACAAGAUGAGAGCAGACAUGGGUGGUGCUGCCUGCACUGUUGGCUCAAUCUUCAUUGCUGCAGCAUUGGGUCUUCCUAUCAACAUUAAAGGCUUCAUACCAUUGUGUGAGAACAUGCCGGGGAGCAUUGCAACUAAACCUGGAGAUGUUGUGGUCGCCUCCAAUGGCAAAAGUAUCCAGAUUGACAACACAGAUGCCGAGGGAAGACUGAUCCUGGCUGAUGCUCUCCACUAUGCCUCACAGCACUCACCCAGAGCAAUGGUCAACAUGGCUACCCUCACUGGUGCAAUGGCUGUGUCACUUGGUAGUGGGGCAACAGGAGUCUUUUGCAACAGCAAGGCUGUAUGGGAUGCCAUGCAUAAGGCAGGGACUGUCACAGGAGACAGGGUGUGGAAAAUGCCUCUUUGGAAGCAUUAUUCAAGCCAGGUUACAGACUGUUGGUUAGCUGAUGUGAACAACCAGGGGAAACAUAAGCCAGCAGGGGGGUCUUGCACAGCUGCAAGUUUCUUAAAGAUUUUGGUCUUGCUGAUGUGCACAACUUGGGCAAACACUCAAAGGAUGCUGGCUCUAUUCUUGCUGCAGCUUUCCUUAAGGAAUUUGUCAGCUGUGACCACUGGAUGCACAUGGACAUUGCUGGAGUAAUGGAGAACAAAGAUGAAGUGUCAUACUUGGGCAAGGGAAUGAGUGGCCGUCCCACCAGAACUGUGGCAACCUUUGCUGAACUCAUAGCAUCAGGGCAGACUGGCUUGUAGGUGCCCAAGGAUGUCUUGUUAUUUACUGUACAUACAUAGAUUGUUUAAAAUUCAUGUUUAAAAGACAUUCACAUUGAAGUCCAAUGCUUCCAAUGAUUUAGAUGCCCAAUAGAUCUUUUCUAAUAAUAUUUUUUGAUAAUGCUGUUUUGCUUGGUUUAUAAAUGCAACACAGUUUCCAAAAUUAAGGUGAACAGUAAUGCUGAAAUGUGAAGUGAAAUGUGUGAAAAUAAACCUCAGGAAAGUAUGAUGUGUA